AUGUCUGUGAACAACCCGUCCCAUGCCCUCUCUCCUUCCUCACAAUCCUCCCUUCACGAUCUCCCAGCUCGCCUUGGGGCAUCUUCGCGACCGAGUGACCAGUUCGCCCGCGGGCCCGAUGACCACAGUACAGCGGAGGCUCAGCACGCCGCCUCUCCAGUCGCCUCUCCGACCUACGAUGGGGCUGCGGGCGAUCCUGGGCACCCAUCCGGUGAACUGCAUGACGAUGGAACAGAACAGCGCCCAUUUCACCGGCCAUUCCAGCCCUUCUUCACACUGAUCGAAGAUGCCCAUACUUCAGACCAUCACCAUCCAACCGUACACUACAUUUUCUCCGAUGAUGACACCGAUAUUGUGACGGAAGCUGCUGUACGCAGCUUGGAGGCUCAACAGGAUGCGUCGUCAGGUACAAAAAAUGAGGGGCGUACCGCCCGACGACGGUCCGACCUCGCCGAGCAUCAUGGCGAGGAGAAACCCGCGCUCCUCCCGCCUCCGAUUCCGGGGGUACGCGAGAACUAUAUCGUCCUCGACGUCGAACCGGUUCCUGCAACUACCGAAGCGAACACAGCGGCCGACUCUUCCAUAAACAAGACAGGCGGAGCUGGCGCAAGUGGUACCAAAUCCAUGUCUACGUCACCAGCGAUUCCAUCAGCACUAGCCGCACAACAACCAUCGCCAGGGCCGAGCGUACCACCAACCCAAUUCCGUGUAACAUCGGCAAAGAGUUUCUCGCCAACGUGGCAGGUACUAAGCAGCGAGAUGGUGCCAGCGCCGACGUUCGAGAAGCAUGAUGCUAGCGAUGCUCCAGGACAUGGGUUGAUGCUGAAAAUUCAUGGGACGGGCGGGAUCCCCGCUGAGACAGGGAAGGAUAAAGGGGAGCGGGCUGCCCUCGGGCUGGAAGAUAUGAUGGAUCAGUUUGCGAGGAGAAUGCGCGAGUUGCAGAUGGUGAUUGAUACUGCGAAUGUGGCUCUUAAUGAGGAUGGGGAGCAGGACGAAGAAGGCAAGGAAUUGCUCGUGGAGAAGACUACGACUGAGGAUACUCCGAACGAAGAAGUUGCGGCGGAGGAAGUACGUGAAUGA